ACUGGAUGGUAAAGAAAUGGCGUGAAAGAGAUGGCGACAAAAGAAAGUCUCAGUAGAUUUGUUACUCGCGCUCUUUCAUGCAGCCCAUUAAAAUUGAUCAUAACGAUCAUUUGUGCGGUGGAUGUUGGUUGGAAACGGUGUGUGCCAAGUGAUAUUCAAAAGAAAACCUGGUGACCUCUUAAACAGUCAAAUAUACCUGCAAAAAUAGAAAGAUUUGUGUUUGAGAAUAAAAUCCAGUGUUGUGCGCUUCUGCAGAAAAUUCACAAUGACCGGAUUUGUGAUUUUAAUACUUGGAUUGACCUCAAUGUUUGAUGGAAUUUCCGCUGGACGAUAUGUGCCAAAAUGGAAGAAGCAGGCAUGUGAAGUACCCCGGAAUGGGCAUUAUGUCUGCGAUGACAAUGGUGAAGUAAAAUGCCUUGGUGGAUAUACUGGUGAUCUCUGUGAUGUUCCAAUAUGUCGAAAGGGAUGUGAUCCCAUGCAAGGCUACUGCAAACGUCCUGGAGAGUGUCGAUGCAAAUUGGGCUUCUAUGGGCCUAAGUGUGACAAAUGUAUUCCACUUCCUGGAUGCCAACAUGGCGGAUGCAAUACCACAUCCUUUGAAUGUGUCUGCAAGAAAGGAUGGGACGGACUCUUCUGUUCAGAACCAAUGUGUAAGGAAGGAUGUCAUCAAACCCGAGGAUACUGUGAAUAUCCAGGAGAAUGCAGAUGUCGCCUAGGCUGGGCAGGACCUACAUGUCACAGUUGUCAAGUACUUCCUGGUUGUGUUCAUGGAUCCUGCACCAAGCCCCUUGAGUGCAAAUGUGAUCCAGGUUAUCGUGGAUUUCUCUGUCAAAGCCCCAUAUGUGCCGAAAACUGCCACAAAACUCAUGGAUUCUGCCAGAAACCCGGAGAAUGUCGUUGCAGAGUUGGCUGGUGGGGCAAGAAUUGUACACAGUGUUUCCCGUAUCCGGGCUGCAAGAACGGUACCUGUCGUCGUCCAUGGGAGUGCAAUUGCAAUCGUGGUUGGGGUGGAAUGCUUUGCGAUGAAGCUCUUGAUUUCUGCGACAAGAAUCCAUCAACAUGCACGAAUGGCGGGAAGUGUCUAUCACUGACCAAGGAUGAAGGUAGUUUCCGCUGUGAGUGUCCCAGUGGAUUCCUUGGAGAUCGCUGCGAAAUAGCUCCAAUGGUUACAGAUUCACCGAAAAAUUCCACUUCGAUGGAAACCAUGGAGGAUAAAAAUCAAUCGUCGACUGAACCCAUCGAGUCCAAUGACUUUGACAAUGAAGCUUGAAGGAGUAUUUAUAAAGAAUUUAUUUAUUAACUGAUUUAUUGUAGUUGAUAGAAAAAAAAGUAAUUUAUAAUAUCAUAAAGGGGUAAAUACUA